CCUGAGCAUCUCACACACACUCAGACACUCACGUUCGCUCACACACCUUCCCAGCCACACCGCCCCCACCAUGGUCGCCUCCGCCCUGUCUGGCUGCCUGCCCGGUUCCUGUGACUCCUGCACCGGCUCCUCCUGGCAGUGGGACAACUGUCCAGAGAGCUGCUGCGAGCCCCCCUGCUGCGCCCCCAGCGGCUGCACCCCCGCGCCCCGCCUGGCCCUCGUCUGCACCCCAGCGAGCUGUGAGCCCAGCCCCUGCCUGUCAGGCUGCACCAGCUCCUGCACCUCCUCCCCCUGCCAGCCGGCCUGCUGUGUGCCCGUCUGCUGCAGGCCCGUGUGCUGCAGGCCCGUCUGUUGCACACCCGUCUGCUGCAGGCCCGUCUGCUGCAGGCCUGUCUGUUGCACACCCGUCUGCUGCACGCCCGUGUGCUGUGAGGCCUCCCCCUGCUCGGCCUCCUCGUGCUGCCAGCCCUGCCCCUGCCCCUCGUCCUGCUACAGACCCUCGUCCUCCGUGUCCCUCCUCUGCCGGCCCGUGUGCCACCCCACCUGCUGCGUGCCCGUCUCCUCCUGCGGGGCCCCCGCCUCCUGCUGCCAGCCCAGCUGCGUGUCUCUGCUCUGCCGCCCCGCGUGCUCCGGCCCCGCCUGCUGCGUGCCCACCUCGGCCUGUGAGUCCUGCUGCUGACCGGGCCCGUCCCCAGCUCCUCCUGGGGCAACUCUGACUUCCAUCUGACAUCUCUGGAGCCUUCAGCCCAGCUGGCCUCCUGGGCUGGCUCCGAGUUUCCUCCAGGCCCUAGGUCUCCCCAGGCGUCCUCGUCUCCAUCCUUGGAUCAUGGGUUUUGUUCUGCCCUAUGUGAGGGACCUGUUUGUUAAGAAAUAAAGUCAUUGUCAGGCCCUC